GAAGAAUUGUGCAACUUUGUCAGGGAACACCUACAGGAUGAUCACUUGGAGUGGCAACUGCUCUCAAGUGCAAACGUCCCCUUCACGGAUGACAUGUUGUACUUAUGAAUGUUGUGCCAGGUUGUAUUCUUACCGUAGAAGUGAGUGUCCACUAUUGGUAAUGGUACUUCUACUUCAAAUACAAAAUAUUAGAACGCCAAUCUGGCCGAUGUACAACUACUACCUACUGAAUUGAAGUUGAUGUGAGUGUGUAUCAAACUAGCCUUCACAAGCUUCGCACGGCUCCAAGUUUCGUACUUCUUCGCCCACGGGCUACAGCUAGAGACAGCUCGCGGGCUGGGUCGUGCACCUCGAUGAGUUGACGGCGGCGAGUCUCCGGGCGCUUGCAAACCUAGCUACGUCGAUCCAUGGGAAGACGAGCGGGCUGCUUUCGGUUUUUAUUGGGCUACCGGAGGAGUCACGGAAAUUCUUCAGAAUUUGCAAGACCCUCACGGCAGUCCAACAGAAAACCGGAAUCAAUAGAACCACCAGACACGCACAAGGACCCGCAGGGCCCAGCGCUUAUAUCCGGGCCGCGGUGGCAGGCAAGAGCGAGGGCAGGGGGACUUUGACGGGCCAAGAAAAAGCAACGCAUGGCCGCGCUGGCUGGGUCUCCCUACGUGCAGGAACCGUUGCGCUUCUCUCUUUCGUCUUUCGUCGGUCAGAAAGGCGCAGCCUGCUGGAGGGGUGUAAGCGUUUCGAAAGACCGACGCCAGACUGUCUAUCUUUCUUCUAUCGUCAGGCCGACGUCUUUCGUCUGCCAGGCUGAUGGCGUUUCGUGUCGUCGGUCGUCAGAUGUCUUCUGGCGGACUUCUGUUCCCAGCUUGCGCCCCUACCCCCGUUGGGAAUUUUUGCGGCUUCUUUUCUGAAAGUAUGCCCGGGGGCGUUAUCGUGAAUUUCCGCAAAAAUACGGCCAGAGACUAUCGGGACCGGAGCCGUAGGGGAAGGCCGGGGCAGGAGACUAUAGGUGAGGUUCUCGAGGAACGUGCGGACUGAUCUCCGCGGGGGUGGGCGGGGAGUUUUGUGGCGGUGAUCAAUAUAGACUAACAGGAAAGAUUGACAGACAGUAUAGAAUGGUACAGUAUAGAUUAUUCAUACUCCAGCUUAAUGCUCUAGCUUAAUGCUCUAGCUUAAUGCUAUAGCUUAAUGCUCUAGCUUAAUGCUCUAGCUUAAUGCUCUAAAGCUUAAUGCUCUAAAGCUUAAUGCUCUAAAGCUUAAUGCUCUAAAGCUUAAUGCUCUAAAGCUUAAUGCUCUAAAGCUUAAUGCUCUAAAGCUUAAUGCUCUAAAGCUUAAUGCUCUAAAGCUUAAUGCUCUAAAGCUUAAUGCUCUAAAGCUUAAUGCUCUAGCUUAAUGCUCUAGCUUAAUGCUCUAGAUGAAUACUAUAGAUUAAUAAAUGUCUAAUUGAAAUAGCGUAGAUUGAUAAUGUAGAGUAAUGUAGAUUAAUUAUGUUCUUUUUGCAGUGUUAGCACUAUCAACUUAUAGCAAUUUAUAUUUAUAUAUAAUUUCAAGAUGAAAACAAGUGUGUUUGUGACGAGAUUAUGAUGGCGUUGGAUCAGUAAUUUCAAAUACUUCGUCAAGAGGAUUGCUAAGUUGCAAAGUUGUCGAUUUAAUAGAAGUUUUCAGUAUCGAAUACCCAAAUCCAUGGAUCGGCUUCGAUAUCUUUUUUCUUUCAUACUUCGCGCGUCUCACGUCACGACGACUUCCUUUGCUUGUUUUCGUGCGGAAAGCCGGCAACAUGUUCCGGGAAGAAGUGGAGCAGGCGGUGCAGGAGAGCGAGGCAAAAGUCCUCUUAUGCUGACAGGUUUUGGAUGAUCAUGAUCCACCCUGAUUAUACAAUUGCGAUGUAGUAGUGCUAGUGGUAUAAAUCCGUAUUGCUUGCAUGUAGUUCAUGUUCCACACGAAAAUUUCUAUCUCUAAUGCUGCAGCAACUAAAAGCGGAUCAGCAUGGUAGAAAAUGUUACCUCGAAACUCUCGAGAGCCGUGUCCGUGAGGCAGAGCAGAACGUAGAAGACCUCUCGGAACUAUUCACACUAAUUAUGGUUCAGGCUCUAUCUCACCAGUUUCCCUAGGUGUAGCUGUACUAGCUUAAGUACUAGAGAUAGACCUACGUCAGUGUUUGUGAUUCUCCAUGGUUUCGUUCGUAUCGUUUUCUUUCUCGCUUUAACGAGGGAAAGGAGAACCUUAUUGUAGUUCUAGCUAUUCAACAACUUGAGCUACCGCUACCCACUGUUGCUGUAGGGGCUCUAGAAUCUUGCUCAGUAUGUACGUAGUCUCAUCUAAAAUAUGCUGCGGUAAUGGAUGAAGGUGCAUUUACUAGAAUGGUGUUUAAUAUUAUUUCUGGUACUGGUAUUGCCUCUCAGACUUGCACCUAAAAAUAUUCUAAUGUCAGGCCGAAGGCGUCCUCAUCGAAAAGCUUGUUGGUUUUCGUAGGUAUGGAGGUUGUCUUGCUCAUAGCGUUUGCGGCUUUCGUAGUUCGGCUCUCUGUCAGAAGAUUGCAGCAGGAGGAGGAUCUCAUCGAGAAUUGGGGGUAACACGACACUGAUUGUGUGUAAGUACUAGAUUCUUCAGAGUUCUUUUGUUUCACCUUAGAAGUCUCUCUUUAUAAGUACCCUCUUGAUAUUAACUAAGUCAGGCUUCUACUUGUCGUCCUCCUGCUUUUUGUCUUUUAGCUUUCUGAUUGAUUCAUCAUUGUGAUCUGAGUUUUAGUAACAGCUCAAAAGCUCAUUACUCGUAGGUGAUCUAUCAUGAUUUUUUUCACUCAGAACCACAUUGCGGACAUCUCUGAAUAAGGACGAAGACGAGGACACAGCGAGGUACGGCAAUGUCACAGCGAUGCUUCGUAUCGAUGACUUAUGGGCCUUCUUUCUUAAUUCUUGUAAUUCAAAUUCAUUCCUUGCGCUUUCACUUAGGGUUCCUUCGAGACUCUUCUUUUGGACGAAGUCUGAGGGGAGAAGGGUGAAUGUAAACAUGCUACGUGGUAGCCUUGAUGAGGAAGGCCAAAACACUGGAAAAACGAACCACGUACAACUUAGAGUUAUCGCUGGGAAAGGAAUUUCUGAGGGGUGAGGUCUAGAGGUUUAGGUUUUCUACGUCUCCUAAAUGAGAGUGCGCUGAGAACGCAACUGUCGAAGGGUUUGCUAGAGCUGAACGCUUCAGUAAUGCAGUUGAACGUUUCGCGGGAGAACACGAGGGUUGCAGACUUGCGGGUGGCGCACUUGGAAAAUGCCUUGAGUAGUCUGAAUCAAUCUGACCAGGCUCUCAAAUUGCAGUAUAGCGAUAGUCUCUCCGAGUUGCGGACGUUGGAGAGAAAGCUGGCAGUCGCGCAGCAAGUACACCGGCGCGCUGACGAAUUAGCGGCGGAACUGGCAGCUGCGAACUUGCAGGUAGCGUCCCUGAACCAGUCCAACGGGGCGCUUUCCCGGCAAUUAGGCGCGCUCGUGGGGGCGCUGAACGCGUCGCGCACUAACGCGACCGCACUCGCAGAGCAAGACGCUGAAGAGGCGAAAGAGCUGCAGCGCCUGGGUGGACAGCUGGCGAGCACUCGAAGUGAGGACAACGCACUGCGGCAGUCGUUGAAUCAAACCGAGGCGAGUCUGGCAAGCAGGGAGCGGGACUUGAUGCAGCUAGCCUUACGAGGAUUGAAUAUGCCUUCAGCUGUCGAGGUCUACUGUAUAGUGGUUUUUAAUGAAAGACAAAAGCUAGUGGAGCUAAAAUGGAUAUGAAGUGUCAUUCUUUUUUGAACAGCAAUUCAAUAGGAAUCCCCUUCACAUUCUCUUGUCCCCGCAUUUUGGAUUAUUACCCAUUACCUCAGCGACAGUGACUUUGAUCUAUAACCCUCAUCAUAUUUCAAUUUCUUUUUCCAUGCAAAGCGUAGUAGUUCUUCUUCUCCGUAUAUAAUCGUCUCGCUCUCGCUUGUAGUUAUCUUGAUCAUCUCGCUCUCGCUUGUAGUUGUACACCGCCAAUACGAGAGUCGGCUGAAAACGAUUCCUCUGGUCGCAAGAUUGUUAGCUCUAAUCUUUGCUGCACUCGGAGCAGAGCGAAUGGCUUAUGGUGCAUUGGAGCAAGAAGUGGGGAAGCUAGGAUCAAACUUGACGCGAACUUCCAGCGCAUUUGAUCUAGUGAGGCAGGAACUGAAUGCCUCUGAACGCAAUGCGACUGCUCUUGGCGACGCGUUGGCUCAGGUGCAGAGCGAAAAUGCACAGUUGCGACAAGCGGUGGCCAGCGAGACCGCACAGCUCGCUACUGAGGACAGACAGCUCUCGCAAACGGUUAAGGCUUGUGGUUCCAAAAAUGUGUAUGUGUAGGAGGCGCGGGCUGAUCGAAAUAUAAGCGCAAGCCAUGAAUGAAGCUCGAUAGGCAGGAUCCAUAACGUACCCAAUGAGUCAUCACAGCCGACAGGGGAUAGUUCGUAACGAGACCCAGAGUGAAUGGGAGCCAUCAUGCUGAGUCACUAGUUAUCCCCCUACAAUAAUUUGUGAUUCACAUUCGCGUUAUUCCUGCUGCUCCUUCUACUCUAAGAGAGAAGAGGCGCUGGAGACCACGCGUAAGUGGCUAGCGAAGCAGCGGAACGAUACGGCAUCGGUGGUAACGCAGCUGCACAUGGCGCAGGCGCAGAGCGCAGCGGAGAGUGGGCAACUUGGAGCCGCCAGUGAGGCUUUGUCCAGCACGCGUGCGCAGCUGCAAGAGACGGACACGAAACUAGCGCACACGGAAGCGGCACAGAGCAGCCUCGCCAUGCAGAAUGAAGCCCUUCAGACCGAAAACACGAAACUGACGCAAAAUGUAACUGCAGUGACGGGCAACAACACAGAGCUGGCGCAGGCGGUCGCGGAUUUGCGGCGGCAGGUCGAGGCGGCAACAAAACACGGGUCCGCUCUCAGUACGAGCCUGGACAGCGCUAACGCACUGGCGAAAAGCCAGCAGACCGAAAUUCAUAAGCUCAACGCCGAGAUCAAGGCGGACCUACAAAAUGCUGAAGGCAUCCGCGCAGAGCUUGACGACACGAGAACGCAGAAUAGGGCGCUACAGAGCCAGAUAACGACGCUGAAACAACAGGUCGACGCUCUGCAAGCUAAGGUUGCAAGCGACAGCAACAGCACGCCUGGGGGCUUCUUCGUUUCGCCGCUCAACAUGGUGCUCUCCUCGAUGACGGAGUGUUCGGGUCUCCCGUGUCGUCCCAGCCAAAUUCCGCAUGACUCUGGAAGAGCACCGCAGGUGGAUGUGGAAGAGGAAGCGAGCUCGAUGACCACAAGCACGGAAGGCAGGAAUAGCAAUCCUUCCAGGAAGCCAACAGGCUCAUUUAUAGAAAAUGCAGCAUUUUCAAUUACCGAAAAAGUUGUGGAUCGCAGGCCCGAUCACGGAAAUCACGCAGAUCAAAAUGUUGAAGCGCUUGGUUCUUCCGACGACAGUAGCGCUCCUCGUCGAGGAAAGCUCCCUACUGGGGAGGUGAGCGAAGAAAUACUCUAUGGCUGACAGGUCUUCAAUGCACCUAUUUAUAUAUCAAAAUAGAAUGGCUGUGCCACUCACACAUUAAUUCUUCCUCUGCUGAGUGACGUGGAUGUUCUUGCACCAUUAUUUCUACGCCCCUUUCCCCUUGCUAGAGCAAUGGAUGUGAUAGAAAGAUAUGGAAGACGAUCUGCAACAUUGAUCUCCCUUUGAGGGCUGAUAUGUCAAGGUCAACCUAUUAGACAACAUAAAAUGUAUGCUUUGAUAUCCAUGUUCCACCUCGGUGCUGUCUCUAUCCU